GUUCUUACCCAAAUGAGUUUCCAAACUGACAUACAGGCCUCACAUCUCACUCUCAUCUUCAAACCAAGGAUUCUCCCUCCGCUUCUACAUCUUGCCAGUGUACAGUAAGGGUCAUCAGGGCUGAUGGCUAGAAGCUGCCGUGCGGAUCAGGUCUGGGACGCUUUGCUCACAAAAUGUUUGGACUGUCAUACGACAUGCAAGCGCCCAGAUGUCAACCCCAGAUGCACCAGUUACUGUGAGUCUGCACAUUGCAAAGCACAGCCUGGCCACUACUAUGACGGGCUGCUGAAGUUAUGUGUGAGGUGCUCUGAGGUUUGUGGAAGACAUCCAGCAGAGUGCUUCCUGCACUGCCAGACUCUGCCACCUCCUGGGACCACUGAAAACCUCCUGGUUCAAGGUACCUCACACAUGCCGAAUCCCAGAGGGCUCUCAGUCCUGGAAGACUCCACUAUCUACUCCCUGCUGGCCCUGUGCAUGGUGCUGCUGCUCUCUAGCUUGUCUCUAGCCUUGGUAGUCUUACUGAGGGGAGCAAAGGCUGCUAAAACCUCCAACCCGGGACCCAAGGAGGCUAACCACAACCAGGAGAGCAUGGUCCAGAUGGGCCAGGAGGUUGGCCAACUGGGACAGAGCUCCAAAGAUUUCUUAACAAAUUCAAACGUCUCCACAGACAGUGAACCAUCAUACGACUCCACCCCCACUGAGACCUGUGUGUGCAUCCACUGUUUCCCCGAUCUGAAAGCACUGGGCCAGGGCAACGACCGACCAACGAGAGCACCUUUGUCAUUCUACCAGCAGGCUGUCCUCCAUAGCGCCCAGAUCCAAAAAGGAGGGCCUGUCUGGACCGAGGGUAACCCGCACACUUCUGGACUGGAGGUGCAGGAGGAGGCUUCAGUGGGAUGAGGCUCAUUGGCUGUCACACGGGACAACUGGAAUGGCCACUGUGGAUAUUGUCACAGGGCAGUAAAAAAGCAUACUGAAAGAGUAUCACUGAAAAUGGGGCAUUGAGUUUACUUAACAUGUUCUAUUCUAGGGAACAUGGGUGUCGAGGGGCCUCUUAUAAGGGUUUUUGGGGGAUUGGAUGGCACCAAUGUCGACACACCAACCGGACAACAAAUCACUGAUAAAGAUUGACUGAUGCUUUACUUCACGUUGCCUCAUGAUGGUUAAAAGUUUCACUUGAACACUUCACAAAGACCGCCGCUAACUACUAGCUGACCACUGAUGUGUGUAUGUCUGGUAUAGUAGAAUUCAUAAUCUAAAAAAAAAAUAGUCAAACAAAUAGAAACACCAAGUGACAAAACAAAUUAGCUAACUAUUUACAUGGCACUGCGAGUCUCAUGAAAGUAUCUUGGCAUAUGCAAAUUGAGCAAAGUUUCUACUGGCACUGCUGCGUUUUGCUUUUCAGCCCGAGAUCUGUCCUUUCAUUGUGGAAGAACCAAAACAUGGUGGAGAUGAACAAUACGGAGAGAGUGGGUGAAAUCACUGCUUCACUAGGCUGAACAGCUCUCUCUCACCGACUGAUCAGACUGCCACUGACUCAACAAGAUCAAACAGCCGUGACAAGGACUGACUAGUGACUACAGGUCACGGUCACCCACACAAGCUUAAUGAUGGCCCAGCGGCAUUCCAUUGCCAACUGUCAUCUUGGCAUGUCACAUCACAUUUCUGUAAGACGUCAUUUCAGACAUCACUUGUAUGCCUCUGCUCUCUAGACAUGUUAAUUACCUUUCCAACAAAACAAGUGAAACACACCACACAUAAAAUGACUCGUCAGAGUUGCCAACGUCAGAAACGUCCAAGUUCUACCGAUUCCUCUGUUAGGGAUUCAAGUUUAGAAAUGUUUACGUGCUAAGUACUGGCACAAAUAUGUACAGUGUAUGUAUGCAAGUUGUGUUAUGUAUAUAUUUGUAUGGUGAUGGUUUAUAAGGAUUCAGAAUCUCAUUGGACUUGCUUUGCCCACAAUAAAAACUUGAUAUCAGAAA